ACCUAACCCACGUAGAGGCCAAGUUGCGAAAUGGAGGUGACUUUCGGGGCGGUGGGGGACUUCAUCUCCAUUGGCCUCAUCAUAAAAGAUAUCGUCACUGCACUCAACGACAACAGAGGCUCUGCCCGGGACUAUCGAGAACUCAUCGAGAGUUUGGAUGUGCUAGAGAGGGCUCUCAAGGAAAUCGAUGGAAUUUACUCGGAUCCUGAUCUUUCCGGACAGCUGUGUGGACUGAAAACAGCCGCAUCCGACACAGCGAGACAGAUCACUCGGGCACUGACAGAUUUCCAGCAGAAAAUCGCAAAGUACGCUGGUUGUCUUUCUGGGGCGGGGUCGGGAAAUCUUUUCAAAGAUGCCAUGAGAAAGGUUCAAUGGAAACUUGACGAAAAGGACAUUCACAAGUUCCGUACCGAAAUUGAGUGCUACACGCAGUCGCUUAGGAUCUUACUUCAUGCUACAACAAUACACCUUAUCAAAUCCAGUCGAACGGAUAUGCAGCGGCGACUCGGUUUGAUGGAAACUCGGACCGUGAACUCGAUUACGGAACAAGGCCAGAAUAUGCGGCGUUUGAUGGCAGACCUUGCGGCCUUGUUCAUCCUAGGCUUUCAGAUGGCCUACUAUAUCGGCGGCGAGCUAAAACAGACCUCUCUGUUCAUUCUUUCUAUCGGUUCUACCAUAUAUACGGAGUUACGUGGCCUUCAUUCUCUCCUCACCAGGCUAGAGAGCCCAAUAAGUGAAGAAUACUUUACCCUCCAAGAUGCCAUUGGACGAACACUCCCUAUUCAUCUCCGCACCAUAACAUCCUGGGAAGAUCUAGGCUACAUCAUACAAAGGCGAUUCGAGGGCAUGAAAGGAGGACGUCGUGUUGCCAGGCACCAAUACGCACUUGAGGAUCAUGCAAGCCGCAAGGAACUGAAUCAAACGAUGCCAUGGGACCAUGCCUUCCGCCCAUAUCAGAAGGUCAAUAUGAGUAUACUUUGCAAGGACUCGCUCGACACACCUGGUGAAGUGCCGAAGAGUAGCUGUCCCUGGUGCCGCCACCUUGCAUCGGGAGAAGAGAGUGUGGAGAUCAAAUGCGAAAAUUGCAACAUGUUCUACAGGAGAGUGACAGAGAUUGAAGAUAUGAAAGUCGAGAAGCGGGCAAAAUACGAUGCGCCCGUCUCCAUAUUGGGGAGGCCAUCAACAAAAACCAGGGCCGCUUUCAAAAAGACGACAGAUGUUGAAUCAGAAUCUGAUGAGGACGAUGUGAGCGGUCUCGUGAGGGUAAGAAUCAUCCGUAAGAAGCGCAAGACCAACAGUCAGAGAGAAUCCGGCUCGCACAGUCCUACCAGCCCGACAACCGUUGAACCGAUAUCUCGUUCGACACUGACCGUCCCCGCUUCAAUUGAUCCUUUACUGUCCCCUCAGCACAAUUCCCCGACACCCACAUCAAAAGGUGAAAGCAGAAAGAGUACGCCCUCCUAUAUCGGUCUCACAUUACCAAGCUUCCCAAUGCCCGACGGCAACCUUAACUCUCCUGAAGAGCGUCCCGACAGAUGGGUGGCGCCAGUGAGUGAGAACGAUGGCGAUGGCGAUAGAGGUCGUAUCCUAUUUAAUUGGGGGCCUUUUUCCCAUAGCCAGUCUGGACACUGUUGUGAAAAUUGCGAAAUAGAUCGCCCCCUAGUGGUGCGUAGUGAGUACUACAAGACUUCUCGUUUCAUCGGCGAUUCAAAGUUACCAAUCAUAAGGAGCGGAUGUAAUUUGCACCCUUAAAUAGAAGAAUUCUAUCCACGACACUUCAAAC